GAUGAACAACUCGGAUACUCAACAUGGCAGCUGAGGGGGUGCAAAAUAGGUUACUAUGUGAAAUAUGUCUGUUUUAAAUACUGAAUCUGUCACAUAAACAGAUAAACACGCAUAAACCUAUGGAUAAGCUUCUGUUGAUUGGGCCGUUGAGGACUUUGAAAGGACAACAAUGACUGUGAGGACUUUUUCGAGAGUGUCAAUGAGGACACUGCUCGACUUUGCCCUGUUUCUGCGACCCAUGAGUAGCUCUACUUUAAAAGCGUAUUUCGAGAGUGCCUGUAAAGGAGGGAUCGUUCUCAAGUCCGCAUCUACUGAUAUUUUCCAAAACCUGGCUUUGGAGGACUGGAUACACGAGCACAUAGACGUGCAGGAGCGAAGCGUGCUGCUCCUGUGGAGAAACUCGCCAGCUGUAGUUAUCGGUAGGCACCAAAAUGCUUGGCAGGAGUGCAACCUGAGUUUGAUGAGGAGCAUGGGAAUACCAUUAGCUAGGCGUCGAAGCGGUGGUGGGACGGUUUUCCACGAUUUGGGAAACAUAAACUUGACCUUUUUCACCUCCAAGAAGAAGUAUGAUCGUCAUAGGAACCUAAGAGUAGUUACUGGUGCUUUGAAGGACCUGAGGCCUGAUCUGGACGUUAGUGCCACGGAUAGGUUUGACAUUGUCCUUAAUGGCAUCUAUAAGAUCUCAGGCACCGCUGCAAAGUUGGGUAGAACAGCUGCUUAUCAUCACUGCACCCUUCUUUGCUCUUCUGAUCGAUCCUUGCUCUCCUCGGUGCUUCAAAGCAACUGCAAAGGAAUCAAAAGCAACGCCACCCCCAGCGUACCUUCUCCUGUGAAGAACCUCCAGGAUGAGGACCCGUCCUUGGAUCUCAGUGCCAUUAUGGGAGCUAUAGCUUCCCGCUACAGUGCAGAGUUUGGGUUUGACAGCCCUGUCAUCACUGUGGACCCCAGUGUGGAACAAUUAAUGCCUGGCAUUCAUAAAAUGGCAGCUGACCUACAAGCCUGGGAGUGGGUUUACGGCAGGACCCCCAAGUUCAGCAUCUGCACGUCUUUUACAGCUGAAGGUGCAAACAUAGGACUUGAUAUGGACAUCAAGAAUGGCGUUGUAGAAAAGUGUGCCAUGGACAUACCCCACCAUUGGCUACCUCCUGAAGUUGGGAAGGAACUGUGCUCUGCCCUGACGGGCAUCCGGUUCUGUCCAAGUGAAGUCGCAGUGGUUGUGGCAGCCUUCAUGAGAACGGUCUCACAGGCUCCUGACCUUGCCAGAAAGACCCAGAGUGUCUAUGAAAAUGUUGUGGCAGUGAUGUGAAUAAAACAUUUCUUAAUUCAUCUUUCUUUUGUCAUGUUCAGAUAUAUGUUGAACACACAACCAUGUGCCCUAGCAGCUUAUGCAAUCCCUGCACUGGCACUUUAA